ACAAGUUUUCAAUCCGCUGUUGAAAGCAGUUUCUAUCCAAAGUUGAAAUUCGACAUUUACGGGAAAUAACAAUGAUUUUUAAAUCCGUGUACGCACUCGGCGCAUUCUGCCUAAUCUACGUUUUUAUUGAGGUAGAAAGUUCGUUUAUAAAACCGAAUAAUGUACCAAGAGUUGGCAGAAGCAGCGAAAGUGACCCUUUCGACCAAGGUUUGAUGGGAUAUGUUAUAAAAACUAUUCCUAGCAAAACCAUACCAAGGAUGGGUCGAAGAAAUUUUGAUUCCGUUAAUCGCUACGAUAUUCCAAAGUUAUACCAGGAGCAAGAUGAGAGUCUCAAAUUUUUAAAUGAUGAAGAUAUAUCAAGAUUGACUCAAGAACAAGAAAGCUCCUAUGGAAGUCGAUAAUAAUUCACAGAAUGUCACUGUGGAUUCUGAGAAAUAUCUACUGUUUUGCUAAUCGAUCCAUUGUUACUCUUUAAGUUCAUUCUAGUCAUUGUUUUUGUUUUAUGUUUGAGAAUAAAUUCAUUUGCAUGC